CUCCGCCUUUGUGUUUAAUUAAAUGUCUGCGUUUUAGUCAUAGUUGGAGGUCUUUGGAUUAAAGUGAAGUGAGCUGGGAAAUAAGGUUGCAACGUGUUUUCUGUGGGCCAAAUAGAAAAACGAGUUUCAAUUAAAUAUUUGGGCUUGAUCUCUGGCCCAUAACCUCCUUAAUCCUGCACGUUUUGAAGAAACAAAAUUGAAAGGACAUUUAGGAUACUUUUCAGAUCAAAAUUUCUUCUUCCCAUCGUUAUUAAUUAAAGUUUUCCUUCGUACUAACCUAGAAAUCGUUGAACUGAAAGAAAACUGCAGGUGCGAUUUACAGUCGAUCAAAGAGAAGGCGAGCGCCACCGUGUUCAACACAGAUGUGCGCCAGCCUCCCUAUCUCUCUCUCGGUUGCGGCAACAGCUGGAAAAGCAGUUCCCGAAUUGCAUGGAAGUGGCAUUUUGGAGCGGGAGAAGUGACGAUUUAGGUUAUCUUAAUCAGGAGUAUACCGAACUCAAUCAUGCUCUUCUGUACGGGGUACUUACUGUACCACAGUUUGCCAAGAUUCAUAUUAAGCAUCUUCAUGGCAUUGUCUCCGAUGGGUAUGCACUUUUUGUUAGUUUGGCUCUUAGAGUUGUGCUUGAGCUGUACAACAAGCUAGUUGAUUCUGUGAAGCAGCAGUUGAUUUGGGUUGUUCACGAAAUCGUUGGUGUUUCCGGGGUUGGUUUUGAUGGUUUGCUGGUGGGUUUGUUGAGGCACACUGUCGGCUGUGAUUAUACUGAUAGGGGUUUGUGGUUGUGUUUUGAGCUGAUUAAUCUCUUCUUGGCAAACUUUACAUCUUUACUGGAAGAAGAGCCCUCUGUGUUGACAAGUGCGUUGUAUGUGUAUCUUCGAUUGUUGGCCGAUCAUUGUAGAGUAUCAGGCAAUGUGCGAGUGGACUUGUUGAAGAAAUUAGAGAUUGAGUUCUGUGUGAAGAUGUUGAGGGGGCAGUUUCAUUUGAGUAUGAAGAUUGGGAGAGACCUAGUUAGGCUGCUUCAGGACUUGGUUCAUGUCCCAGAGUUUCGCUGUAUAUGGAAGGAUUUAGUUCUGGAUGCAACUACAUUUAGAACUGAGGGGUUUUCAGAUGUUGCACAACUGUACUCUACUAGGACCUCAAGUAGGUACUUCUUGCUUCGAGUCACCCCAGAAAUGGAGCUGCAAUUGAGGUUCUUACUUGUUCAUGUCAAAUUUAGCCAUCUGAAGCGUUACCAAAUGUGGUUUGCCAAAAAGUUCCUGUUUGAGCCGGAGAGGGAGACUCUUAUAGUUGACAUGAUUCGGUUCAUAUGCUGUGCUCAUCAUCCAUCGAACGAAAUUAUUCACUCUGAUAGUGUACCUAGAUGGGCAAUUAUAGGUUGGUUGCUAAGUUGUUGUAGAAAGAAGUAUGUUGAAGCCAAUGCAAAGUUGGCAUUGUUUUAUGACUGGCUUUUCUUUGACGAAAGAAUGGACAACAUCAUGAAUAUUGAACCAGCAAUGCUACUGAUGGUGUGUUCCAUGCCACAGUAUGUCGGCAUGACCCAGUCUCUUCUGGAGUUUUUGUUGCUUCUUGUGGACAACUAUGACCAGGUGCGUUCUUAUACAAUCGCUAAAGGUGUGUCGUUAGCCUUCAACAGUCUUGUCACUGAAGGGGUUAACUCUCUGGAUACUCUGACAUCAUGUGAUGCCCUUUCACCUUUCCUGAAAGAGAGACUGAAGAAGUUAUUGUCAAGCACGAAUGAGACACUCCCUCAUCAGUUAUAUCCAGGCCGCCUGUCUCACUGUUCUGCAGAUGCUUCACCUUUGGAGACUCCAUCUUCACACCCAAAACAUGAACCUGCAGGUGCUUGAUAACUAGUAUGUGUUGAAGAGUCUCAAAAUUUCUCAAGAAACACAGGAAACAGUAUUAGACGAGGCGUGCUGAUUCUUGUUGGAGUUUUUUUUUUUUUUUAUGUAUCUGAUUAAGAAGCAGAGAGGAAUGAAAUGUCAAGUAGAUGGUUGAUUUAACAUAGAUAGUUUCUAGUUACAUAUUGUAUGAGUGCCUUGGUUGCCCAUCUGUCAAAAAACUUACAUGUGUAUAUUUGUUUUAUGUAAUCAAUCAGAAUGGGCAAAGGAUGCUGCAAUUUUUCCAGUGCACUAUCCUAUCCUAUCCCUCGAUUGUAAAACAUCAAUGAUGAUGAAAGGUGAAAGCAGCUCACUCUGUAUUCUGUUUCCUUCGCUAAUGGUCUGAAUCCCUUGGUUGGUUACUCUUGGGAGAAGGGAUCUGGAUCCAGAAGAACCAUUACAAUGGACAGAAAGCUUCUGGCGAGCUUGAUCGAUCAGUACAAGAUUGGGGAGCGAAGCUGGAGCGAGGUUUGCUUCACAAUGAAGGCAGUAAAUGAGA